AUGGCUCGAUGGCGUUCGAUUUCUCCACAAGAUAGUGCAGAUAUCGACGCCCUGCCACCACACCCCGGAGAUACCGCAUAUACCGCCUUGGGUCAUGCGAUUGAAGAGGGAGGCCACCGAAUGAUUCAGUUAUUACUAAAGUUUGUCGCUAAUCCCAACAGCGCUGAUAUCCAUGACGAUGUGUCAUCAUCUGCCUUCACGUUCGCCCUUGAAAAUACAUGCUCACUUGGUAUCAUCGAUCUGCAAUUGAAGUAUGGCCCCGGCUUCAACAAUCUCAUAGGAAAGGAAUCGGCGCUCGAGACGGCGGUAGAAGUCGGCCAAGCGGACGUUGUCAGGAGAAUAAUGACCUUGAUGUCACAGUAUUGCCCUGAACACUACUCCCGAUCACUCAAAACAAUAAUGUCUCAUAUGAUGAUAGACAAUGACUGGGCACCCGACUUCGAGAUGGUCCGAACAUUAAUUGAUGCUGGGGCGGACAUAAAUGCUGCUUACAUUGACGACGACAAUCCGCUAUACCAUGGAACACUACUUCAACGUUCGGUCAGGCAGUUUGUCAGUGGAUCCAGAAUAAGCGUUGUCCAGUUAUUGCUCGACAAUGGAGCUGAGAUAAAUACCCCAGCAACGGACAACCUAGGAACGCCAUUGCAACUAGCCAUUCUGGACGAAGAAGUGGAGAUCGCAAAUCUACUAAUCGACCACGGAGCUGACGUGAAUGUCCACCCAGCAAAGAAUCGCGGAGCCACGGCAUUGCAAGCUGCCGCUUUACACGGAUACUGUGGUCUUUCCAUGCGAUCGUUAGCCAAGGGGGCGGAUGUGGCGGCCCCAGCAGCGCCUAUUGAUGGCAGAUUGGCCAUUGAUGGAGCAGCGGAACACGGAUAUCUCGAUAUGGUCCAGUUACUUCUCAAUGCGUAUGGAGAUCGACCGAGCUUGUCAUUUGUGUAUCGUAGAGCUGCCGCUGCCGCAGAACGAGAGGGUCAUUUCGAUGUAAUGAGAUGGUUGCUGGGUUAUAUACAAUCAUAG